AUGUCGACCCUCAGCACGGCCUUGUUCUGCUUUCUUCGAGAUCCUGAGCUUUUCAAACGGAAAAACCUGAGUAUCUCCAGUCAGACCUACGAAAAUCGGUCCGUUUUGACCUUCCUUUUAAACGAGAUGAUCUAAAGGAUCAUCUUCUUAGCUUUCCAUAGAAAAAGCUGCCAGAAUGAGUCAACAGCUUGUAGAUCAUGUUCCGAUGAUCUUUUCGAAAGAAAUCCACUUUUUCAGAAAGUUCCAUCGACUUUUCAUCGGGGAGAUCAUUAGCCGAAACUUGAAAAAGUCUGCCUUGUCUGCGCUCUCUUUUCUCUCGUCGAUUAAGUCAUCAUAGAGACAUGAAACAUUGGAGAACUGGAGGGAUAAGAGAGCGCAGACAAGACAGACUUUGAAGAAGAAAAAAGAGAAUAUUUUUUUUCUUCACGAAAAGCUUUUUUUUUCUCAUAAUACUCAUUUUUCGUAGACAUUUUCCUUCUAUCAGUUCUUUUUUUCAAUUUACGACUUUUUAAGAUUUUGUGAAGACAACGAAGUGAAAUCAUUCCGAGCCGCCCAGGCUCUUAUUCCCAAUUCGACGAAUUUGGUUUUUGUAAGGGAUCCUUUGGACCGCUUCAUAUCUGGUUAUACGGAUGUUUGUAUGGUGUAAGUUUUUUUUUUCAGCUCAAUGUUCCUGUAACUUCACAAAGUUGUGAAAAAUAUUUUUUUAAACUAUAUCAAGGUCCAUUUUUCUUCGAAUUCUCAGAAAAGUUGUGGUGCUUUUUUUUGCUUGGGAAAUAAAUAAUAAAAAAUAAAAUAAAAACUGUUUUGACCUUUUUCGAAUUGAAAUUCAUAGCCAAACAAGUUCAACCAUUUUUACAUCCACAAUUUGUGCUAGUUUGCCCGUUUUUCCGCAAAAAAGACUUCGAACCAAACUUGACCAAAAUCGACCAAAAUUCGCUUCGAGACCUUUGCUUUGAAAGUUUCCUAGAAGAAGAGCGUUUUUCGUAGCUUUUUGUCUUUCUGUUGUCCUUUUUAAAAGUGGUCGUCCCAUUUUAUUUGUUUUCCUUCAGAAGACCCUCUGGUUACUGUCACGGAUGUGCCCCGGAAGAUAUUCGUUGUUUUGUCCGUCGACAAUAUCGCCGUUUCAUUCGGAUGUCCAUGUUGUUUCCAGUUUAUGGAGUUGCCGAUGCUCAUUUCGCCCCACAGACUUGGUGAGUACCAAUUCGUCUUUUUUAUUUGAUUUUAUAAAUGGGUUGAGUAUUUUAAUAGUGAAAAAAUGAGAGCAAAGGGGCGUGGCCUGUCUGUGCUCUCCACAAACCAGGCACUAUGUCUAUUUCAAUCGUGUCAGGACCCUUUUAUUAAUGACUUAAAUCAUCCGUGAAUCCGCCAUGCCAUACGGGGAAAUUUGAUAAGAAAAGUGGUGUUCAGCUUUUUGAAAAAACCGAUUUUUGAGAAAUUCGAACUGAUUGGAAGGAAUCGUGGAACAAGUAUUCUGCUCCUAAACUUUUCGGUAAAAAUAUAGAUAUUUAUUCUGAUUUCAAGCUUCGAUUUCACGACCUACUUUUUGAAAGUGGCUUGAAACCUUUAUUUUUUUUUUUAGUCAUUUAGGUCAGUGUUAUAAAUUUUGAGUGUACCUACUAGGUUACCGUUUCACGUCGGUAGAAAAGAAGUCUUUAGAAACUACUACGUUCUCUGAAAGUUCCAACAAUAAUAAAAUAUAAUAAUAUUUUUUUAAUACAACAAUAAUGGAACAUAAUAAAACAUUUAAAAUUUCCUUCGAAACAAACUUUUCACAUUUUUCCUUAUUAUCAACCUCAAGGUACUGCGGAAUGGGACAAAACAUGGAGAAGUUCGAAUUUAUUCGAUACGGUCAUCAAGGCAAAAAACUGAAACAAAUGGUCAACAAAUUGAGCUCAACUUUUCGUAAAAAGUUUGUUCCUGAUGAAUAUAUCAACGAGAUGAGGAAAGAGAUGUACAGUGAGUUUUUUUUUGCCCUUUUAACUUGGGAAUAUCUGGGCGGUCCCUAGAGGGGUCAGAGAAAAAAAAAAUAGCCCCGAUAGGGGAAAAUAGUGCUUCCUAGAGGGCUAGGAUUUCGGUGGUCCAUAUAGUGGUUUGAAACCUUUGAAGCUUCAGUGGUCGUUAUAGUGAUUUUUUCAUGUUUGAUAUUAUUUGAAAAUAAAAAGAGAGUGGUCACUAACAAAAACCCUAGAGUGACCGCUUUCGCCAGCUUUAGUCCGUAGAAGGUGGUCCCUAGGGAGGAGUCUUCAAGAGCUCCUAAAGUUGCCCCUCCAAGGUCCCUAUAUUCGCUCCCCCCCACCCCAUUUUAAAGAUUCGCAUUCAGCAAAGUGUUGAAAAAAAUGAACAGAAAAUGAAGCUUUCAGACUUUUUUGGCCACAGUUAUAGAAAAAUCUGAAAUACUCCAAACAAUUUUUUUGAAAUUACAGAAGGGAAAACGAAGCAUACAACGGCAGGAACCAAUUUGCGGGCCUUUGUUGAGAGAAAAAUCGAAAAAGACGUCGAUUUGAAGAGAGCAAUUGCUAGGCUUUAUUAUCAUGAUUAUCAGACUUUCGGAUUCGAUAUUUCAAAACUUGGAGUACAUCUUUAA